CAAAAAAAAGCGGAAUUUGGUUAAGAGAUAAUAUGCAGUAUCAAGAUCGGAGAUUGAAGAGUGUACAAGUGCAAGAUCAAGUUCAACCACAGCCUCAAAAAUGUCCUCGUUGUGAUUCUCUCAAUACUAAGUUUUGUUAUUACAAUAACUACAGUUUGUCUCAGCCUCGUUAUCUUUGCAAGACUUGUAGAAGGUAUUGGACUCACGGUGGCACUCUACGGAACGUCCCCGUCGGCGGUGGUUGUCGCAAGGGUAAACGACUGAAGCAACCCUCACAAUCAUCCAAUAAUAGUUCUGUAAAGCCGUUGGUACAAACUUCAGCGUCACCACUACCGCCGCCGCAGAUAGUCCCGUUGAGUUUAUCAACAACAACUUCACAACACGUAAUAUAUUCGGGUACUCCUGUCAUCACGCCGCCGUCAUUUUUCAAUUCGGGCGGGGAAUUAUUGUCAUCUUCAAGCUGGAUUAGUUCAUUUGGAUCAUCGUCACAAGGCCCAGAAAUAAUCUAUGACAUGAUGGAUCAGUCGUCGGGAAAGGCCGAUGCAAAUUCGUCAUCUCCAGCGGCAGGGUGGUCGGAGAGCUACAUCAACAAUAAUUCUAUUUCUAACCCUAUAGCUGCCACCGGAGACGCGGUUGUCUGGCCAGCUGGUGAGAACAACAACGCUACCCUCGCGGCCGCCACCACCACCAACAUUGCUACAAUUAACCAAUGGCCUGAUUAUAUGCCGGGAUUUUGUCCUCCUCCAUGACAUGAUUUAAAGGCAGCAGAUACCAAAGAUGACAAAUCUGAGGAAUUUGAUUCUUUUUUUUUUUUUUUUUUGAAAAAAAAACCCUGAAAAGAUCUUACCUUUGAUAUUAUAUGUAUGAAUAUGCUUUGAAAUCAUUCAUUUGGUUUGAAGUGAGUUAGAAUUGGGGUCGAUAUGUGUUGAUGAAAUUCCAUAGAGCUAGCUCUUGUGAGGAAAA